GCACCCGCCUCCGCCCCGGCGCCCCCCCCGCCCGCUCCUUGGCCGGACUCCCGGCAUGCCCCGCGCCGGGGGGGUCCUUCCCAGACUACCCCACGGCCGGGACCCCCCCCCCCCUCCCCACAUGCCCCCCCCGGUGGCGGUUCCCCCCCCCCCGCCGGACGCCUGGCUCUCGGUCCUGCCCCUCCGGACGCCUGGGAGCCCCUGGGGGACCCCGACACCCCCGCGUCGCCCCCCCCGGGGGGCCCUGACACCCCCGCGGCCCCAGCCCCGGGGGGGGGGGUCCCGGAGGGUCCUUUUCGCCGACGCUUUGGGGCUCCCCCUCACCCGCCUGCGGCAAUACAGGCCCUGGGACCCCCGGGGGCGGGGGGGAGUCCCGGGGGGGGGAAGCGGGGGUUUUGGGGGGCCCUGCCAGGGUGGGGAGGAGGGCGAGGGGGGGGAGCAGCCCCCCGUGAGCUGGAUGAGGCCUGGGAAGGGCAGGCUGCAGGAGGCGGAGGACGUGCAGCCCCUACCCCCUGACUGCAGCGUGGAGCCUGACCCUUCCCCAACGCCCCCUGCAGAUGUGGAGCAGCCCCCGGCACAGGGCUCCGAGGAGGAGGCUGUGGCGCGGGAGCUGGAGCAGCUCUACCUCUCCCACCUCCGCCGGCUGCGGGGGGAGCCUGACGACAACGGGGCCCCUCCCCCCAGAAACGGGGGUCUCCCUUUCCCCGAACGAGCCCCCAACACCUCGUUAGCUAAUGAGAUGGCACUGCGUUACGAGGCGGGGGUGGGUCGCCACAGCCCCCCGGUUUUAUUAGGGGGGGGAGGGCCAGUGGAGGGGGCAUUGGUGGUGCCGGCAAGGCCCCCCCGGGGAAGGGGUUUGGGGGGGGCCCUGAGGGGCUGUGGGGUGGUGUUGGCCUUGGCCGUGCUGGUACCAGUGGCUUGGGGGGAUGGGGGGGGGCCCACCGCUGCCCUGGCCUUGGGGCUCUACCUGGCAUUGGCCUGGCUGACAUGAGGGGACCCCCCCUCAGAUUUUCACCCCUGAAGGCAUGGGACACCCCUAAAUCGGUCAAGGGGGGGGGGGGGGGGAAGCUGAGUUGCAGCAUGGGCCUAUUGAACUGCACCCCCAAAUUGCCCCCCCCCCGGCCCCGGGUGGGUGUGUUGGCCAUUUUGUGGGACACCCCACCAAUUUCUGUGCACACACCCCUCCUCACAGGUUUUGGGGUGCCCCUCUGUACAUACAGCCAUAGAAAGA